GUACUGAAAAAAAUCGUGCGGGCUGGCUUGACUGUGUUUUCUGAAGUGGCGGCUGGCUUGACCGCAGUUUCGUAUCUGUUGCUAGUGUCCGCUCAGGCUAAAUUACAGGAUGGCACAGUUGGGUGCCAUAUUCUCAAUAAUUGCUGCUCUUGGAGGAGCAGCUCUCUUAGGCUCCGUGCACAAGAUUGAUGAGGGACACACCGGUGUUUACUACAGAGGUGGGGCUCUCCUGUCCAGCACCAGCAGCCCUGGUUUCCAUCUUAUGCUUCCAUUCAUCACAAGCUACAAGUCUGUUCAGACGACGUUGCAGACAGAUGAGGUGAAAAAUGUACCGUGUGGCACAAGUGGAGGAGUGAUGAUUUACUUUGACCGCAUAGAAGUGGUGAACUACCUCGUCCCAUCAGCAGUGUUCGACAUAGUGAGGAACUUCACGGCGGACUACGACAAAGCUUUGAUAUUUAACAAAGUUCACCAUGAGCUCAACCAGUUCUGCAGCGUUCACUCGCUGCAGGAGGUCUACAUCGGGUUGUUUGACCAAAUCGAUGAAAACCUGAAGUUGACACUACAAGAGGACCUAACCUCCAUGGCACCCGGACUCAUCAUACAGGCGGUCCGUGUCACAAAACCCAAUAUACCAGAGAGCAUUCGCAGGAACUACGAGCUCAUGGAGAGCGAGAAGUCGAAGCUGCUGAUCUCCCAACAGACGCAGAAGGUCGUGGAGAAGGAGGCCGAAACCGAAAGGAUCAAAGCUGUGAUUGAGGCUGAAAAAGUGGCGCAAGUGUCAGAGAUCCAGUUUGGACAGAAAGUCAUGGAGAAGGAAACCGAAAAAAAGAUCUCUGAAAUCGAAGACAGCGGUUUCCUGGCUCGGCAGAAGGCCCGGGCAGACGCAGAGUUCUACACAUCGCAGAGAGCUGCAAAGGGCAAUCAAAUGAAGUUAACACCAGAGUACCUGCAGCUAAUCAAGUACAAGGCCAUCUCAUCCAACAGCAAAAUCUACUUUGGGAGUGACAUACCCCAGAUGUUUGUGGACUCUGUGGGGAGCGCCAUCAAAGCGUCCGCAGCCAUGGACAUCGUCGCGGAGCAGCUCCUGGACCUGAAUUAGCGCGGGACCGCCCAGACCGAGUGGAAGGACUGCUAGAGGGCAGGCGCCCGGCUGCCCGCUGGCUGGCAACUUAUCCCUCUGACUCUGAGAAGCUGUGCUGUCCAGGGUCUGUAUUUCUCAAACACUUCAGAAUAACGGCUAGAAAUCACACUUUACGUAGGACUCUGAGGUAGCCGUCUCCAACCUCGGAGCAGCGGACUCGAGUUAGUUAAGUCCAGAGGCUUUCUUUGCGUCUACUCUGUUCUGAUGGAGAGGGAGAUUGUCUAGGCGGACUAGUAAAUUAUGUGAAAGAUAAAAUAGCAUCGUUCGCCGAUGCACAAUUAGCUACUUUAAAAGCGUUUAGUCAUCUAGCCAAAACUUUCCCUCCUGCUGCUCGGCUCCGUGUGUCAAGUGUGUUUGCUAACCCCUAUCUGCUAGUUCUGGUGUAUUUUUAAACAAGAUAACAAUGGCAUGAAUAAAAUCAAUACUUUGUAAACAAUUUGUUUCUGAUUUCAGUAAUUAAAAAAAAUUAAAAAAUACAGCUUCUCAUUUCUGGCGAAUGUCGAUUUUUGUUGGCUGAAAUGUCGCUCUCACAUUUAAACCGCUUUAGCUUGCUCCUUAAUUAAGCUAACGUUGGCGCCAUGUGUGGGUUGAAAAGCCUUCUUCAACUGACUUUUACAUGUUUCCAGCUCACUCGUGUUAAAACAAGAACAUUAGUCGGAGGGGACUUAAAUAUUCACUUCACGGCUAAAUAUCGUGCUAAACGUUAAAGCUGCAUGUUCCAGGUAAAACGUCUUCGCCCUCAUCAGUUUAUGAUUCAUGUAGAAGACAUGAAUGAACCUUUUAAUCCAGGACAUUCUCACACGCAAACCUCUGCAGCGCCGUUAAAUCCAACAGAACAAGGAACGUCUUAAGAGAUCCAGAAGGUUAUUUAAAUGUUGAUACUGCUGAAAAAUUAGGACAUCGUGUCUCUGAGGUGGAAGACUGGGUUCUUAUUCUGAGUGCUUGAGAAACACGAGCCCCCCCGACUGUAGCUGAAACACAGGGAUGAUGAAUGUGUCGUAGCUGCUGCCUGUCGGAGUUGAAUAGCAUUACUCCUUUUGUUUUCGUUUCUGUAAAAAAAAAAAAUGUAAAAUUAGAAUAUGAAUUGACUCUGUACCACAUGACUGUAUGUAGCGCUUUGAGCCUUUAAACAAGACCCAUUGCCCUGGAGGAGGAAGUAAUCAUAAGAACUGAUGUAUACAGAUUGACCCUGAGGGACUCCUCGCUGUAGAAAUACCAACGACCUCGUGUGUCACAUUGUCUGUCGGGGUCAGUUCUCACCCCAAAGCCUUUUUUAUUUUUGAAAAUACUAAUACUAAUCCUGAUCUGGACCAAAAACCAAACUUCACCUUAAGUUUGAACUCCUGUGUUCAGUCUUAGAUCACUGACGACAUUCUUUAUUGAAAUACCACGUUUGUGUCCCAGCAUGUUGUGUGACGAGCGAAACGGACGCAUUUCAUUGUGCAACCGUUUUAGGCUCUGGGCGAGUGCUUCCUGUGGAUUCUUGGAACAUGGCAGGUUUUUUUUGUGGUUUAAAAAAAAUGUUUGUUAAGAUGCCGCUGCCUCGGUGAGGAUAUAUUUCUGUCGUCUGAAGCUAAAUGGCUCGUGUCCUGACUUCACUGUAGCCCAAUGCAAUGUCCACUCGUGUCUUGUGAUUAUUUGAUGUUUUUGGAAACCCUCUGUUGGUCCUAAACGUGACUUCAGAAUGUCAUUUUAUUGCAAUCUUUUCUUUUUGAUUGUGACUUUCACUUGACUUGAAAGGCAAAUGUUUUUGCACUGACUUUAAUUGUGAAUAUGCAAUCAAGAUAUUGUCACUUGACAUAGUUGUGUGUUUUUUUUGUUUGAGUAAUUAAUUGCAUUAAUAAGAGUUUUUAUUCACAUUGCAUUGUCCAAUGUGAUGUAGAGGUUGUUUGGGGUUAAUAAAAGUGUUUCAAAUGUU